UGUCUGAGGCCGACGAAUCUCCACCGUCCGAUCUUAGCUUCUUCUCCGUCCUGCAAGCGAAAACAUCUUUUCUUCUUCUUCUUCAACGUUUCUCUCUCUCUCUCUCUCUCUCCGUCGUCGUCGCCGGGAAGCCAUGACAAGCUCCGCCGCUACCUCGCGCAAGGCUCUGAGCAAGAUCGCUUGCAACAGGCUUCAGAAGGAGCUCGUGGAAUGGCAGAUGAAUCCUCCCUCGGGAUUCAAAUACAAGGUCUCCGACAAUCUCCAGAGAUGGAUAAUUGAAGUCUCCGGAGCUCCUGGAACUCUGUAUGCGAACGAGACGUACCAGCUUCAGGUUGAUUUUCCAGAGCAUUAUCCCAUGGAAGCUCCGCAAGUGAUUUUUGUUCCUCCAGCUCCUCUGCAUCCUCACAUCUACAGCAACGGGCAUAUCUGUUUAGAUAUUCUGUAUGAUUCAUGGUCGCCUGCCAUGACCGUGAGCUCCAUCUGCAUCAGCAUCCUCUCGAUGUUAUCAAGCUCGACCGUGAAGCAACGGCCAGCAGACAAUGAUAGAUAUGUGAAGAACUGUAAGAAUGGUAGAUCUCCAAAGGAGACGAGAUGGUGGUUCCACGAUGAUAAAGUGUAACUUCAAGAACCAAACCCUUCAUCCAUCGUAUCUGUAACAUAUUGUAUAAUAAUUAUCAAAACAUUUCGUGGUUUCUCUCUAAUUUGAUUUAAAAAAAAGGUUAUUUAUCCGCAAGGUUCGCGCU